AACCCAUGAGUUGUGUCACUUUCUAUUUUGAAACUCGGAGGGAAUUCUGCUUUCUGAAUGUAAGCUGGAGAGAAUUAUGAGGCGGAGAUUAAUGAUCUACGAAUGAACCUCGUUUUGUGUAAAUUUGAGAAUAUGUAAAGACAUAACAUGCAAUGUAGUGGUAUUAUACAACUGUUGGUGUUAAUAAUUCAAACUGCGAAAAUCGAUACAUAUGGAAACUUAGGAGCAUGUCAUAUUGAAAAAUAUGAAGAAAAAGAGACGGGCAUACCAGAAGUACCGGAGUUUUUGAGACAAAAAAGUAAGACCUACCUUUGUAGAGGCACACAAGAAGGGACCAAGCAGCUGUUUUGUGGGGGUGAUUUUAUUUUGCCUGGAUGUGUAUGUAGCUAUCAUCACGUGGCCAACAAAUCAAAUCACAAAUAUACAGCAUGCAGAGAUAAUUCGAAACAAGACAGCAUAGAACACAUGACGUGUAAAGACUGUCGUGAUUAUAGUAUAAACGAAGCAGGCCCUUGUUUGAAUGGUGGAAAAGUCACUUGUAAAUCUGAUGAUGAUUUGGCUACUGACUUAGAAUGUUCAUGUACAGAAAAAUACUCUGGUAUAUAUUGUGAAAAGGAAAAUGUGACAUUAUACAGAAUUUGUCAGCUAGAUCAGCAGGAAUCAAAUCUUCCUGAUUGUCAGGAGAGACCGGAAGAAGAGUGUAAAAUUGUGUUUGGAUCUAGGAUCGUCAAAUGUCUCUUAAACUCUACCGAAGAUAAACUGUAUCAACACUGCAGUUCUUUGAACGAUUUAGAGCUAAAGGAUUCGAAGCUAGAGAUAAAGAAUUCGAAGCUACCAGAGAGACAACAGAAAACUGCUGUAAACUCCAGCAAUAUCUUUCAGAAGACAUUUAUGACUCUUGCGUGUUUCACGCUGCUUCAAAUUACACUCAGUAGCUGAUAUUCAGAAAGAGAAGCCCGUUGAUAAUUUUUUUUAAAGAUGAAAAUAUCAGUUAAGUUAGACAUAUUUUCAACUAAUGAGUGUUUUGAUCCACAUGAUUUGACAGCUUCUGAUUUUUAUACUGGAUUUCCGGUCAGAUAGUGAAUCCGGUUGAUAAAGAUUUUAAAAUGAAAUUGUCUAUGCAUUGAGACAUUUGCAACUAAUGAGUGUUCCUAAAUGAUUUACGUGUAUCUGCUUCUCAUUUUUGUACUGAAUUUCUGGUUGUAAAAGUGCUUUUGAGAGACAAGUAAAAUAUUUAUUUAUGAAGAUAAGAAUACGUUUUUAAAAAUUGUUUCUCAUAAUUAAGCUCUUAUAUUGUCUUUUAACAUGAAACACUAUAUGCCUUAUCAUUGAAAGCAUUAUUUUACACAUAAAGUAACUUGCCUAUGCCUUAUAAUAUGAUUAUUAUAAUGUAAUGAUAUGUAAACAAUGUAAACAUUAAACUUCUCAUUUUUGUACUGAAUUUCUGGUUGUGAAAGCUUGCGAAAGACAAGUAAACAUGUUAAAGAUAUAAACAUUUUGAACACAUUGUUUUACACAUGUUUAUUUUUGCACAGAUCGAUGGAAGUGUAAUUAUAUUUUAGAUGUUAACACAUAGCUGUUUAAUCAAAUCAGUCAUAUUUUCUUUUCUAUUUGUUAUCUCAAAGAUAACUCUUUCAAGUUAAGUGAGUACAUGUCUUGAUAAUUUAACCGGAAUGUAAAUUUCCCCUCACGAAAGGUCAUAUGAGCUAAUGAGGGCUAUUUAAAAUUCAAUCCUACAAAUACUACAACUGACCCGUCAGAAUGUUAUGAUGUUGCUACAAAGCUGAUUUGACAUCAGAACAGAGAGAAAACAAUGAUUUAACUUAAGGAAUAAUUAUAUAGAUAUUUUUUGUAGUAUUUUAUAUUUUGUUGACCACAUGUUUGCUACUUUGUAUAUAUUCAACUGUGCUUAGUUUUAUCAUGAAUGGUCAUGAUUGUAAUUGACACAUUAACGGUCAAUAAAAUAAACUGACUUUAAAACAUAA